UCCAGUUCUCUGGGCAGCCCUUUAGGAGUAGAACAAUGAAGACAUCACCUUGAAAAACCACUUGACUUUCUUGGGUUUUUUGCCUGCCUGACAAGCAUCAUGUGAAGAAAUUGGAGAAUUUGACCAAAGUAUGUUUGAGAAUUCAAACACUACCCUGGCAGCAAGGUUGCCCAUUGUCAAAUCUGCCUUCCGGUCCUCCACUGGUACAAAUCUGAGAGUGCAGCCAGAGUGGAAAAUGGGCAGUCAACAUCUUAAAAACCUCAGCAUGACUGUUGGUGCAAAAGUCAGUGAUUUCCUGCGCAGGAAAGAGUCUACCAACCACAGCAUCUUUGGGGUAACAGAAGUCAAUGAAAGUGCUGAGGCAGCUCUCUCUUGUGGACAAGGCACAUUGCUAGAAGGUCAGGACCAGACAAAUAGGCAGACACCAACAAGUGUCAUUCCAAGGCUUAAUCCACCCCCAUUGAGUACCAAAAAGCGUACACCAAGAGUUCUGAAAACCACUCAAGAUCUGCUGAUUGCUUCCGAACUACAGAUGAAGACUACAGAAACCUUACUUCCUAAAGAACUCCGGAAACUUCAGUGCCUACCUACUAAUACAGAGGCAGUUUUUAGAGAGAUUAAUUCAUUGACCCAGAGGGAAGUUGGAACUAGCAAUAGGGCAUUUGAUGUGCCUGAUCUUAUUCAUAAGGAGAAUAUGGAGCCCAAAGAAAGUGCAAUUCAUGGUAUAUCUUCUUCCACUCUCCCAAAAAAUGUAGCUCUUAGACUUGAUUUAAGUGCUGGUAAAAACAUUCCUGAACACCAAAGCUAUAAGACGCCUUCAGAAGCAAAGAUACCAACCUUAGAAAGUGAAAGUCAUAGUCCAGAUUUGUUGUCUUUUGAGUAAAACUGUCUUUUAUUUGCAGCAGUGCCUCACUUUUAUAGCCAAAAUGGUCAACAUAGCAGUUUCUUUAUGAAAACUUCCUGAGCCAGGUGUUGGAAUUGACCCUACAUUCCCUGAAAGCAGCUUUCUAUUCUCAGGAAGUGAUGGCAGGAAGCAUCUUGAGGAAAAGUGGGUCUCUUUUCUAACAGAUUUCUUGCAAUUAGCUAGCCAUAGGAAUGCAUUCCGCAUGCUAUUUCUACUUUAGUUCCUUGUGUAGACAGCUUCAACAAAGAUAAUCUGCAUAAUCUGAAUGUGAGAAUUUUUUGGGGUGAAACUGCAACCCAAUUACAACAUUCUUGAUAUAUUCUUCAAAUGUAUUUUUAGAUAUCUAUAGGAUGAAAAUUAUUCAAAAAUGAAAUUGCCUUGCAUGAGCAGAACCAAAAUGCAACAGUACUUCAUAUGAGACUCUCUAUGCUGGAUUAUGAUCACUAACAGAUGUUUCUUGUUUCAAAAUUUCUUAAGAGUUGUUAACUGUAACUGUAAUUCAAAAUCAAAGCAUUAUUUUUGGAGGGAGGUGAGAGGAGAAUACAUUCUGGUCCAAAAAUUAUGUUGUGUUCUCUUCAGUUUCCCUGGAGAAACUUAUGAAUGUAUUUCUUUAGGCAUUGAUCUGAUUGCCCUGAGUGGAAAGGUUUUGGGGUUGUGCUAUAUAUAAAAUGGCUUCAUUAAUAAAUCUUUUAAUUCCUGAGGGUGAAAAACAACAACAAAAUCUCUGUAUAGUCACGUCCCUCAGAAGAAGGAAGAAACUCAAUAUGGGGCUUUCCUAACUUAGAUCAAUAGUUCUCUUCUCUGUUUGGGCUGGGUUUGACUUCUAUAAAUGUGAUUAAAUUCCACCCAAAAAUCUAGCAGGAGUUCUAUCCAUUCAGGUGCCAUGGGAUCUUUUUUGCCUUUCUCAAAAAGCACAGCAAAAAACCUAGACCUAACCCAAGAUGAAGAAACUGCUAUAAGCAAUAUGAUGCUUGAGUACCUCCCUUUGCCUGCCAUCCAAUUGUCUGGCAGGAAGAUCAAUCUUUGCUAGUAAUGCCUUCCUGCGAGUCCAUCAUAUAAUCUUUCAGCCCUUCAUAUCUGUAUCACUUGCUAUGUAGGCGUAUUACUCAAUAGUGGGCAUUUGAAACCAAAGAAAAGGGUUGAUGAACUGAGCACAAUAUACUGAAAUUAAUCUGCUCUCGCCUACCUGUUCACCUGAGAGGUGUCUUUGCUGCUCAGUAUUAACUUUCUGAAAAAUUGAAAUAGAGUGGGGAGAGAUUGUCAAUGAAUCUUUCCAAUGCAUUUUUCUAUAUGCACCUAUAACUUAAUGCCUUGAAUAUCUAUCUAAUUGUACUCCUUGAACAUGUCAAUUAAAUGGUAUCAAUCUCGUAUAGGAACACAUCCAAAUUUGAAAAGCAAUGCAAGUGCUUAUAUUAUUAUUCUAAUAUUGGAGUCAGCUUGGAAUCUAGCUAUUUUUGCAAGUUUACUUCUGUUAUUACUCUAAUUCUAGCUCUCUUUUUCUCACAGGGGUUUUUAUCAAAUCAAAACAAAUAUGCAUGGACAUCUAAAAGUCAGAAAUUUCCUGUUUGAUUAUCCAAAGUGAACAUUUUAACUUUUGAUAUUUCUAUUACAUUUCUUGAUUUUAAGUAUGAAAUCUUAUUUCAACUGUCAGUUAUUGUUGAAUAUUCCUUUUGAUUGUAUAUUAUUUCACCAGUGCUAUACACAGUAAUUUAAUCAGUAUCAAUUUAUUGGAUGGUGAUUUAUACCAAUCGACUUUCAAUGGAUUCUUUGAAAGCAUCUUUUUUCUUCUUAUAUGUACAAUAAGUUUCCAUGAAAUACUGUUUCCUAACUACUACCUUCUUUAGAUGGUUUAGUCACAAAAGAAUAUUGACUGUUUUUGUAGUUAGCUCUACAAAAGUUGCCCACUCUAUGUUUACGAUGCAUCAUGCUGAAGGUAGAAGUGGUUUUGUAUAAACUGAGCUUCAAGCUCCAAGAUAAGUCUAAAUCAGGGGUAUCAAACUCAAGGCCUGGGAUCCAAAUCUGGCCUAUGGGGUAAUUUAGAUCUGGCCCACAGGGCCACUCUGAAACAGUGAGGAUCAGCCCGUGGUGCUUCUGCCAGUGAAAAUUGUCUCCCGAGCCCCGUGGGGAGCUCUGUUUUCACUGGCAGAGGGUUGCAGGAGGCCAUGACAGCUGAAAAUACAGCUCUAGAGCCUGUUUUUGCUGGCAGAGCACUCGGGCCAUCACAGGCGCCCCCGACAAGAAUGAUGUUGAGCUGGCCACAUUCACUCUGGCCAUGCCCACCUCGGCCUCCCGAGGUCAAACACAACCCCGAUGCAGCCCUCAAUCAAACUGAGUUUGAUACCCCUGGUCUAAAUCAUCAACUGUUAGUAGAGGUUCCUUGAUAGUUUCACUAAAAUGGGAAGCACUGACGAAAAGAAGGGAACUAGAAACACAUUAUGACAUUGCACUGCAUUUUAAUUUUCAGUGUGAUCAGACACUAAAUAGCAUGCAUGAUUACUGUAAAAAAAUCAACUACUGAAAUAAAAUACCACUAAAUGUCAGAUAGAACAUUGGUUUCUUGAAGAAUAUAUCUUCAGCAAAGAUUGUGAAGAACAGUAAUGAAAAAUUUUGAAAGAAAAUUCAUUUUUGCUAUGUGUUGUGCUCUUAAAGCUAGGCAAAAAAUCAGCAAAUGAAGUUUUUUGUAAUGCUGCUAGUUUAUCGAAGAAAUUGUACUUCUUGAAUGAUUACUACAAAGCACAUAGCCUUUGUUGGAAGGGCGAAAAGCCAAUUCCUAUACAGAAACUAACAUCACAUGAAAACAAAGAGAGUGUUCUGAGCCAUCCAUUCAUCUCCUUCUCAACUCUAAUCAGCCCUGGAAGCAGGCCAUCUGCUCUCAUGGCAUAAAAUAUCACUUUGAUGAUGAUACUUGAUUUACCUCUCAGUCAUGGGUCAAACAGGAGAUCCUGUUGAAAUGUUGUUCAGAUGUUUGAAGCCUAAUUAGUUGUGGAUGAGGAGGACCGAGUUGAGGCUUAAUUCCAGCGAGAUAGAUUGACCUUGGUUUGUAAGUCUCAUUCCCAAUUACAAAAAUUCUCUGAUUUCAAUUCUGCACUGAGCAUUGCUCUGAAAUAUGAUUAGCCAUAACUUUAUAGUUCCUAGUCAAGGAGUGAGCAGCAAAUAAGUGCAACAGUUACAACUCCUCCUGGAAUGAAAAGUUUUGCUUGCAAAACUUAAUCUCCUCUCAACUGGGACUUUUAUACUUUUCUUAAGAAAUUUUAAAAACUGAUGAGGCAACCCAAAUAGUCACAAACAUUUCUCAUUGCACCUAUGUAAUUGCUGUUGCCAUUAGUUAUCGGUUGGCUUCUGGCAGUGGUGAAAUCUGAAGUAGUUUACUACCGGUUCAGGGGCUGCGCAUGCGCUCUGUGCGCCAAAUGUGCACUGCACGCAUGCAUGUGCAGUGCACACCACGUACCAAAUGCACAUGCAUGCACGCACAGUGCACGCCAAAAGGAGGCAUGGGAAGGAAGGUAAAUAGAACAGUGCAUGCGGGGGGGGUGAUCAACUGUGGCAGCUGUGAUCAUUGGAGCCUUUUUUUUUUUACUUUUUUAAAUGUGUGUGAGAUAGCAUGUCUGAAAAGAAAGCAGCAAAUGCAGCAAGGCAUUUCUGCUUCAACCAUGGUGGCUGGAUGUAAACGAUGGAAGGCUAAUGCAGAAAUAGAAGGCAAUGGUAGGUGAACAAAUGUUUGGCUUCCCAUCUGCUUUAAGUAGCUGGGACAGAUUUAAACAUUAACAGAAUUAAAGAGGACCUUAUAAGUCAUCUAGUCCUGCUGAAGCAGGAAACCCUAUGCAAUUUCUGACAAAUGGCAGUCCAAUCUUUUCUUGAAAGUCUCAAAUGAUGAAGCUCCCACAACCUCCGAAGGCAAGCUGUUCCACUGAUUGAUUGUUCUCACUGUCAGAAAGUUCCUCCUCAUAUCUAGGUCGAAUGUCUCCUUGGUCGGUUUCCAUUUAUUAUUCCUUGUCUGGCCUUCAGGUGCUUUGGAAAACAGCUUGACCCCCUCGUUUCUGUGGCAGCCCCUCAAGUAUUGGAAGAUGGCUAUCAUGUCUCCCCUGGUCCUAGACAAGUCAUGCCCAGUUCAUGUAACCAUUCUUCAUAUGUUUUAGUCUCCAGUCCCCUAAUCAUCAUGGUUGCUCUCCUCUGCACUUUUUUUAGAGUCUCAACAUCUUUUUAUAGUGUGGUGACCAAAACUGGAUGCAGUACUCUUACUAGAUCUUACUAGGGCUUUAUAGAGUUUUAGGAGUACCUCACUUGAUUUUGAUUGUAUCCCUCUGUUAAUGCAAUUUAGGAUUGCAUUGGCUUUUUUAACUGCCACUGCACACUGCUGGCUCAUAUUUAGCUGCUUGUCUGCUAAGAUUCCAAGAUCCCUCUCACAGUCACUGCUAUCAAGCCUGGUUUCCCCCAGUUUAUAUGUGCGCUUUUGGUUUUUCUUACUUAAGUAUAAGACUUUACUUUUUUCUACAUUGAAUUUCAUUUUGUUAGAUAGGGCCCAGUGUUCAAAUCUGUCAACAUCCAUCUGGAUCUUGAGCCUAUCUUCUAGAGUGUUAGCUAUUUCUGCCAGCUUAGUAUCAUCUGCUAAUUGGGUGAAUUCCCCUUCUAUUCCCUGAAGUCUGUGUCUGUCUUGUUGGAUUGCAGAACCAAACCAAACAGUUAUAGAGGUGCAGAUGACAGACUCAAUAAUUCCUCUGUAGAACUGGAUCAGCAGCUCCUUGGGCAGUUUGAGCUUUCUGAGUUGGCGCAGAAAGAACAUUCUUUGUUGUCCGUUUUUGAUGAUGUUUUUGAUGUUAGCUGUCCAUUUUAGAUCUUGCGAUAUGGUAGAACCUAGAAAUUUGAAGGUUUCUACUAUUGCUACUGUGUUGUUUAGUAUUAUGAGAGGUGGAAGUAUGAAAGGGUUUCUCCUAAAGUCUACCACCAUUUCUACGGUUUUGAGUGUAUUUAGUUCCAGAUUGUUCCGGUCGCACCACGAGGCUAGUUGUUCAACCUCCCGUCUAUAUGCGGAUUCAUCAUUGUCUCGAAUGAGACCGAUCAAUCGAGACAAUGUCAUCUGUCAUCUGUGAACUUCAGUAGUUUGACAGAUGGAUUAUUGGAGAUGCAGUCAUUGGUAUACAGAGAGAAGAGAAGUGGGGAGAGCACACAGCCUUGGGGGGGCCCUGUCCUAAUUGUACAGGUAUCUGAUGUGAUUCUGCUUAGCUUCACCUGCUGCUUCCUGUUUGUUAGGAAGCUUGUGAUCCACUUACAAGUCUGUUCAGAUACCUGUAGCUGGUUCAGCUUAGUUAGAAGAGUGUCUGGAAUGAUGGUAUUAAAUGCUGAACCAAGUCUACAAAGAGGACCCUUGCAUAGGUCUUUGGAGAUUCAAGAUCUUGUAGGAUGUAGUGCAGAGCCAUAUUAGCAGCAGCAUCUGUUGAUCUAUUUGCUUGGUAUGCAAAUUGCAAGGGGUCUAACAGCAGAUCCAUGAUGGUUUUCAAGUGGGACAGCACUAACCUUUCAAAGGUUUUCAUGACUACAGAUGUUAGAGCAACUGGUCUGUAGUCAUUCAGUUCCUUGAUGGUGGGCUUUUUCGGCACUGGGAUGAUAGUAGAGUGUUUGAAGCAAGAAGGAACAUAGCACAUCUCUAGUGAUUUAUUGAAGAUACAGGUGAAGAUGGGAGCCAAUUGGUCAGCACAGACUUUUAAGCAAGAGGGAGUUAUCUUGUCUGGGCCUGAAGCUUUUCCUGGCUUUUGUCUGUGAAAUAGGUCUUGCACUUCCUUUUCUGUGAUCACUAGGGGUUGUGAACCCAAUGGGAUGGGGUACUGGGCCUAAGACGGAACCUUGUGGCACCCCACUGCUUACUUUUCUCCAUGUAGACUUAGACCCACUAAGGACUAUUUAUGGAGUACGGUUUGUCAGCCAGUUGCGAAUCCAUCUGGUGGUGAAGUUAUCUAUCCCACUUUUUCUAACUUACGAAGAAGUAGGUUGUGGUCUACUUUGUCAGUUGCCUUGCUGAAGUCUAUGUAUAUUAUGUCCACAGUAUUUCGCUGGUCUACUAAUUUAGUCACUGUGUUGAAGAAUGAAAUAAGAUUGGUUUGGCAUGAUCUGCUUUUAACAAACCCAUGGUGACUGCUAGUUAUUACUUUACUCGUUUCUAGGUGUUGGCAGAUCUGGUUUUUUUAUUAUCUUUUCCAGAAUUUUCCCGGGUUGAUGUUAGGCUGAUUGGUCUGUAGUUUCCUGGGUCUGUUUUUUUUCCUUUUUUGAAGAUGGGAACCACAUCAACUCUUUUCCAGUCCUCUGGUGGUUCCCUGGUGUUCCAGGAUUUUUGAAAGAUGUGGGGCAGUGGUUGUGAGAUGACAUCUGCCAGCUCCUUUAGAACUCUGGAUUAUAAUCCAUCAGGUCCUGGUGAUUUGUAUUCAUCGAGAUCAGACAGAUGUUCUCUUACUAUUUUUUUGCUUAUUUUAACUUUUAUUUCCAGUCUGUUUUUUACAGUUACAGUAUGUUUCUGGUAGGUUGGCCUAUAGUUUCUUUUUGCGUGAAGACCAAUGCAAAGAAUGAGUUAAGCAGCUCUGCUUUCUCUCUCGCCAUCUUCUCUCUUUAGUGGACCGACUGUUUCCUUGAUUUUUUUCUUGUUAUUUAUAUGUUGGAAGAAACUUUUUUUGUUAUCUUUGACUUUUGUUGCAAGUCUUUGUUCAUUCUGACCCUUUGCUUUCCUGACUUCCUCUUUGCAGAUUCUAGCUGUCCGCUGAUAUCCUGCCUUAGUUAUGUGUCCCUCUUUCCAUUUUUUGUACUUGUCCUUUUUGUCUUUCAAUUUGUCAGAGAGAUCUUUGUGCAGCUAUGCUGAUUUCUUCUUGAAUUUCCUGUUUUUCUUUCUCAGCGGUAUUGUGCUAAUCUGGGCUUUUAUGAUUGUAUUUUUCAGAGUUUCCCAAGAUUCUUGAGUUGUUUUCUCCUUUAGGAUUGUCAUCCAAGGAAUCUUUCCCAAGUUCUCUCUGAGUUUAUAAAAAUCAGCUCUUUUAAAAUCUAAGACUCUGGUAUCAUUUUGUGUUUGUGUUAUGUUGAAUUCUAGUAUGACAUGGUCACUCUCACCCAAGGUUCCUGCAGUUUCAACUCCCUCUAUCACUCUUCUCUGUUUGUAAGUAUUAAGUCCAAUAUGGCUGUCCCUCUAGUUCCCUCCUCUACCUUUUGGACAACAAAGUUCUCAGCUAGGUUGGUUAGGAACCUAUUUGAUUUUUCACUUAGUGCACAAUUAGUUUUCCAAUUGAUAUCAGGGUAAUUGAAGUCCCCCAUUACUAUUGUAGUGUGUUUCCUACAUAUGUUUGUUAGUAGGUUGGCAAAAAGGAUAUCUAUUUUUUCUGCUCGAUUGGGUGGCCUAUAGUAUACCUAUGGCCGUGUCAUUCUUUUUGAGGUUUUCAUCUUUGGUUUCAUGCAAUUCUAUAGCAAUAUAUUGGUCCUUUACAUACAGUGCAACUCCACCUCCUCUUUUAUGGGAUCUGGUUUUUUGGAAGAGUUGGUAUCCUUCUAUCGGUAUGCUCUAGUCAUGGGUUUCAUCCCACCAAGUUCCAGUAAUUCCAACUAUAUCAUAUCUACCUUCAUGUAUUAGUAGUUCAAGUUCACCCUGUUUGUUCCCCAGACUUUGUGCAUUUGUAUAUAGGCACUUGAGGUCUUUAUGCCUGACUCUGGGUAUGCUUCCUAUGUGUCCUAUUUGGUAUUUGAGUUUGUCUUCCUUCCCAUCCCUCCUUACUUCGUUAUUUCUAGGGUUGCUUUCUAGGGUUUUAUGUCUGGAAUUAGGUCCUGUAGAUCCUGAAGACUAGUCACCCUCCCCUCUCAAUUUUAGUUUAAAGCCCUCCUGAUAAGUUGAGCCAGUCAUUUACCGAAAACAUUCUUCCCAGUCUUUGUGAGGUACAACCCAUCCCUUGCCAAAAGCCCAUCUUGGAGGUAGUACAGAUCAUGGUCCAGGAAUCCAAAGUUUUUUGUUGACACCGACCCUUUAGCCAGUGGUUCACUUCUAGAAUUCUUUGUUCUUUUGCCGGAUGUUGUCCUUUCAUUGGCAGUACAGAUGAAAAAACUACUUGUGCACCUAAGUCCUUGACUUUCUUGCCUAGCUGCUCAUAAUCAUUCAAUAUUGUUUUUAAGUCCUUUUUUGUAUCAUUCGUCCCUACAUGUAGUAGUAGAAAGGGGUAGUAGUUAGUUUUUUAUUUUGGUUGGGUUCUCAGCCACAUCUUUGAUUUUAGCUCCAGGGAGACAACAUACCCCUCUGGAUUGACUGUCUGGUCUACAGACAGCAGGUUCUGUUCCCUUGAGAAUUGAAACUCCUAUCACCAACACUCACCUUUUUUUUCCUAGGGAGGUUUGUGGUGUUUUUCUGUCUAUCACAUUUGAUGGUGCUACUUUUUUAGGGAUAUUUGAUCAUGCUCCUUCUAUAUGUGUGCAUGUUUCCUUCUGGUGAGAGUCCAUGGUAUCAAUUGGUUAGCACCAGUGGGGCUGCUUCAGAGUGGGUUGGUUUGGACAGGGGUUUUGUACUAGGUUGUGUUUUUUUCCAUGAGUGACAUGUUUCCACCUGUCUUUUUUCUCUAAGGGGUCAACUCUUUUAGAAGUUGUUUGGUCAUUAUUAUGUUCAGUUUGGGCAUAUUCUUUUUGCAAGGUCUGGGGUUUCUCAUUUUGUACGUUGAGUACAGCUGAGCCAUCGCACUCUACUGCACCUCCGGGGCUGUUUGCCACUCCAUAAACCAGGGAUCAGGGUGGUCAAAGGAGUGUGGGGGGAAAUAAAUGGUGGAGGAAUUGAUGAGCUCCCAAGUUUUAAACAUGUGACUGCACAUAUCUUGCAAUGGUUUUGGAUAUGGGUCGUGUCUAUUUUUUUUCAGCAGUGUUGUAACUUUGAGCAGCUGAACAAAUGGCUCAUCAUAAAUUAAGGACUCCUGGUAAAUUUCUAAAACCAUCUAUUGAAGAAUCCACAUUUUCAGACAUGUAAUGCUGUUUUAAAAAGAUAUUGUGUGCUUCUGUAGAAAAUGCAUAAUGUGCUUUUUUUUAAAAAAAAUAGUAAUUAUUGUGACUAUGUAUUGCCUCCAGUAUUUUGCUGUGCUUCUCAGUGGGGAACAAAGGGAUCUGCUGUGAUGGUGCUAUUGCACUCAUGUCCUUUCUUGGCAACUUUCUAAAGACAUUUCUCUGGUUGCUCAUUAUGUGACUGGAUGACAUAGGCCUUUGGUCUGAUCCUGCAGGACUUGUAUAUUGACACAUAGAAACUUAAGACAAAUUCAUUGUGUUAAUGAAGGAGCACCUUGCAAUAGAAGUAACAGCUAAAAUCAUACUUUUUAAAAUAAUGAUUUAAAUCUUUUUAGUUACCGUAUAUACUCGAAUAUAAGCCGAUCCGAGUAUAAGCCGAGGUCCCCAAUUUUACCCCAAAAACUGGGGUAAACUGGGGACUCGAGUAUAAGCCAAGGGUGGGAAAUGAGGCACCUACCGGUUGGGGAAACCCUCCCUCCCUCAGCUGAGAAGGCUGGCGGCUCCCCCGCCCCGCCCUCUCACUGCACCGGCAGGGCUUCAGUCCGGUAAAAUGUGAAAAAAAGGAAAAAAAACAACUCGAGUAUAAGCCGUAUAUACUCGAGUAUAAGCCGAGGGGCUUAAAAAAAAAAAAAACUCGAGUAUAAGCCGUAUAGACCCGAGUAAAAGCCGAGGGGACGUUUUUCAGCACAAAAAAUGUGCUGAAAAACUCGGCUUAUACUCGAGUAUAUACGGUAUAUAAUCUAAGUUAGUAAAGGAAUAUAUGCAAGUUCUGAGUCCUUCGGGAGAAGGGCGGUAUAAAAAUUUAAAUAAUAAAUAAAAAUAAAAAUAAAUAAGUUUUGUCUAAUUCAGAUUGCACAAUAAAAGUUUUUAUUGCACCUUAGCAUUGUUGCAGUUUAUAAUAAGCUAUGAUUCAGAAUCAAUAUCUAAAAAAAGAGUACUAAGAAUUGUAAACUCCCUCAAGAUAAAUGUUUAAACAGCUGUGACUUCCUAGGAAAACCUCCCUUUAGACCACUUUCCCAGUCUUUCUAAACUGUAAUAUCAUUUAACAUUGGUAACUUCUUCUCAACAACUUUGCUUCAUCUAUAGCAAGGGUGUCAAACUCAAGGCCUGAGGGCCACAUCCGGCCCACGAUGUACUUAGAUCUGACCUGCGGGGCUGCCGUGGAGACAGCAAGGGACUGGCCCCUGCCCACCCCAACCCAUCCAGUUGCUUCCCCUGGGCAGCUGCAACUUGCUGGCCCCUCAGCUGCUCAUUGGCUGGCAGUCUCCAAACUGGGCUGCAGAAUUAAGGCUCUGGCCAGUUAUGUGCCUCUUCCCUCCCGGGCCGAGUUGGGACUCCCGUUUUUAAAAUGCUGCGGGUGCCCUACCCAAGGAGAGUGGCUGGGGAGCCAGGGAGGGAGGGCAUUGUGAGCAGCCUGUCCCAGGGCCUGCUGGGGGAGCUCUGCACAGCCUUGUUCAGCGCCACCUCGUGGGAUACAGCCAGUCAGGGCUGUAGAAGUGGAGCUGAAAGGAGGAGAGGAAGUUGUUCUCGGGAAGACUGGAUUAGCCCCCACUGGGUUCCAGUGCCGGGCUCCGGGAAACCUCACAGAUUUCUUUUCCUUCCAGGUUGCAGUGUGGCUCCGCAUUUGACUACCAGCACAGGGGGGGGGGGGCGGGAGUGAAGAGCAGGGCAGCGCCAAGUUGGAAGGGGAGAGGGUGGGAGGAAGCAAAUAUCUGGAGAGAAGUGUCAAAUCCCCCCUUUCUGCCCAUGUCCGUGGAAUUUUUAAUGCAGCUACAAGUUUGAACUCUCUCAACUUCCUCUUCCCACAAUCUCAAAAGACGCUCCAACUUUCCUUCUCCUCCAUGUCAGUACCCCUGCACACCAAGGGUGGCAUUCCUUCUGCCUGGCAGCUGCUUGCCGAGAAGUCAGUGGAGGGGCAGCCAAUGGGCACUGUCCCCCCAAGACCCCUUUCUGCCUCUGUCUUUGUAAACUGUUUCUUGGCCUGAUGCUCAAAAGGAAUUACAAAUUAACAUUGUCCACAGCAUAUAAAGAAAAUCAAUAUAAAAUGUUUUAUAGAUGGCAUAUGCCCCCUGAGAAACUGGCAAAAAUGUUUAAAGAUAAAUCAGCUAAAUGUUGGAAAUGUCACCAGUUAUCAGGACCUUAUUAUCAUAUGUGGUGGACACGUCCAGAAGCUAAAAGCUAUUGGAAUAAAAUUAGGAUAGGGAUAGAAGAAAUGAUACAACAACAUAUUGAUUUAAAACCGGAGCAGUUCCUACUGAGUAUCCUUCCAGAAAAAAUUAGCAAAGAAAAUAUUUAUUUGAUUAUACAUGUAAUAACAGCUGCAAGGAUUGUUUUUGUGCAAAAUUGGAAAGCAGAGAAAAUACUUUUAGAAGAAGAAAUAAUUAAACAUUUUUUAGAAUGUGCAGAAAUGAAUAGAUUAACUUUGAAAAUUAGAGAGAGAAUUCAGAAUAUUUUAAGAUAUGGGCUCAAUUUUACCAUUGGCUGGAAAAGAGAUAUAGAUAAACUAAUUAAUAGUUACGUAAGAGAAAAGUAUAAUUAGAAUAGUGUAUUUUUGGAGAAAUGUAAUAGAUUAAGCCGGGGUGAAAUGUAAAAUUUGUUACUAACGGUUCUGUGGGUAUGGCUUGGUGGGGGGGUUAAUGUGACUGGAUGGGCGUGGCCAACUUUUUUUUCUUUUAAAAGCAUUUUUUCUACAACCUCUUUAGCCAAAGAGGUUGUAAAAAAAUGCUUUUAAAGAUUCUGGCAAUCAGGCAACAGCUGGGAUCGCUAGAGGAGUCUUUUAAAAGCUUUUUUUACAACCUCCUCAGCUGAAAAGGUUGUAGAAAAAAUGCUUUUAAAGGGUUCUGAUGAUCCCUGCUGAGCUGUGCGAUCAUCAGAGGCUUUUUUUUUACUUUUAAAAGCAUUUUUUUCCCGGAAGAAAAAAUGCUUUUAAAAGUAAAAAAAAAAAACCCUCUGAUGAUUGCAAGGCUCAGCUGGGGCAGCGGUGGGGAGGGAUUUUUGUUACCGGUUCUUAGAACCACCCGCUGCCAUCACUACCGGAUCGGGCUAUCUGGUCCGAACCGGGAGCAUUUCACCCCUGGAUUAAGCAUGAAUGAAGACAGAAGAAACAACAAAAAGACAAAGAUACACAGAAAACACCAAGAUGUCACAUGGAAGGAAUUGCUGAUGUAUUAUGUGUUUGUGUAUAAAAUAAAAUAAAAAUUCAAAAAAAAAAAGAAGAAGGCAUACUUAUCUCUUCUAGCUAUUCUCUGGAAUUCUGCAUUCAAUUGGGUAUAUCUUUCUCUUUCUCCCUUGCUUUUUGCUUCCCUUCUUUCCUCAGCUAUUUGCAAAGCUUCCUCAGACAGCCAUUUUGCUUUCUUUUAUUUCUUUUUCUUUGGGAUGGUUUUAGUUGUUACCUCUUGUACAAUGUUGCAAACCUCCAUCCAUAGUUCUUCAGGCACUCUGUCUAUUAGAUCUAAAUCUAUUUUUCACCUCUACUGUAUAUUCAUUAGGGAUAUGAUUUAAUUCAUAUCUCAGUGGCCUAGUGCUUUUUCCUACUUUCUUCAAGCCUAAAUUUUGCAAUGAGAAGCUCAUGAUCUGAGCCACAAUCAGCACCUGGUCUUGUUUUUACUGACUGUAUAGAGCUUCUCCAUCUUUGGCUGCAGAACACACAGUCAAUCUGAUUUCUCUGUUGACCGUCUGGUGAUGUCCAUGUGUAGAGUCGUCUCUUGGGUUAUUGGAAAAGUGUGUUUGCUAUGACUAUCGUAUUUUCUUGACAGAUUUCUAUCAGCCUGUGCCCUGCUUCAUUUUGUACUCCAAGGCCAAACUUUAGAUAGAUAUCAUUCCCAUCAAUGAUAAUUGUAGAUUUUUCCACUUCU